UUUGCGACCGUCGAGCCAAUGGCGCACGAAUCAGUAAACGGCAGUGAGAAGAAGAUGGCGGAGGGAGGUAAUGAUGCAGAGCUACUCAAGGAGAAGGCGAAUAAGUACUUCAAAGAGAAAGACUAUGAAAAUGCUAUCAAGUACUACUCGGAGGCCUUGGAGCUCAAUCCAUCCAAUGCCAUCUACUACAGCAACCGAAGCCUGGCAUACCUACGCACAGAGUGCUAUGGCUAUGCCCUGGCGGAUGCUACGAAGGCCCUGGAGAUAGACAAGAACUACAUUAAGGGGUAUUAUCGCCGUGCCACCUCCAACAUGGCACUGGGCAAGUUUAAGGCUGCACUUAAGGACUACGAGACGGUAGUAAGAGUUCGACCAAAUGACAAGGAUGCAAGGAUGAAGUAUCAGGAAUGUAACAAGAUUGUGAAACAGAAGGCUUUUGAGAGAGCCAUCGCCAGCGAUGAGAUAAAAAAAUCUGUUGUUGACUCACUGGACAUUGAAAACAUGACGAUCGAGGACGACUACGUUGGCCCCAAACUGGAAGAUGGGAAGGUCUCAAUGAAGUUCAUGAAUGAGAUGAUGGAUUGGUUCCAAGACCAGAAGAAGCUGCACAGAAAGUGUGCUUAUCAGAUUUUGGUGCAAGUUAAAGAUGUUCUAUCGAAACUACCAAGUUUGGUUGAAAUCACAUUAAAAGAGACAGAAAAAAUAACAAUUUGUGGUGACACCCAUGGGCAAUACUACGAUCUCCUCAACAUCUUCAAGUUGAACGGCUUACCCUCAGAGACCAACCCUUAUCUCUUCAAUGGUGACUUUGUGGAUCGCGGCUCUUUCUCUGUUGAGGUCAUUCUUACCCUCUUUGGCUUCAAGCUGCUCUACCCUGACAACUUCCACUUGCUUAGGGGUAACCAUGAGACGGACAACAUGAACCAGAUGUAUGGAUUUGAAGGGGAGGUCAAGGCCAAGUACACAGCCCAGAUGUUCCAGCUGUUCAGCGAGGUCUUCCAGUGGCUGCCUCUUGCACAGUGUAUCAAUAACAAAGUACUGGUUAUGCAUGGGGGGCUGUUCAGUGAAGAUGGUGUCACAUUGGAGGACCUCAGGAAGAUUGACAGGAACAGACAGCCUCCAGACUCAGGUCCCAUGUGUGACCUCCUCUGGUCAGAUCCACAGCCUCAGAAUGGCCGGUCGAUCAGCAAGCGAGGCGUGAGUUGUCAGUUCGGGCCAGAUGUGACGGAGCGCUUCCUGGAACAGAACAAGCUGGACUUCAUUGUGCGUAGUCAUGAGGUCAAAGCUGAGGGCUACGAGGUCACUCACUCAGGGAAGUGCAUCACCGUGUUCUCAGCACCCAACUACUGUGAUCAGAUGGGAAACAAAGGAGCGUAUAUUCACCUCAGGGCAUCAGACCUCAAGCCAGAAUUUCACCAGUUCACUGCUGUGCCUCAUCCGAAUGUCAAGCCCAUGGCAUAUGCCAACACGCUAAUGCAGUUGGGGAUGAUGUAGAGGCCACGCUAAUCUGUCUGUGACACUGAUGACCUCCCAUCUGACCUGAACCAUCCCAGCCACCUCACUCCUCCAGUGCUUGGACAUGCUCUCAUUCAUGCUUAGCCUAAGGGAUCCCUCUCCCCGACCAACUUCCACUAAUUGUAUGCAGAAAACGUGUGGUGUAGUUCAAAUGGGAAGAGAUCACUUAGACCAGACCAGCUCAGCCCAGUCCAAAACUGGACACGUCCUUCCAUGUUAUUAGUUAAAACUGGAAAACCCCCGCAUUUCUAUUGUCCUUUUACUCGCUCAUGUGUUCCAUCACUGGGUAAAGAAACCAACCCUGAGAAUUUGAGAUGAGUUUCCUUGGAGCUGCUUGGUUUUUAAAUAUUUGUUAUACUCAGCAGAUGGUAUGUACCAAAGAUCUGUGAUGAAAAUGAUUGUUCAGUUUUUACAAGAUGCAUCUUGUGACUCUGAAACCUAGCAUUGUACUGUUGGCCUGUGUACACAGCUUAGAGCAUUGUAAACUGGGUUAAGAGCAGCAUGUCUAUCAGUGUUUCUCAAACCAUCCUACAGUAUGUCAGUCUUUUUAUUUUUUAUUUUGCAGGAAUACAAAAUAUAAUUACAUGUUCUGAUCCCAGUCCAAAAAAAAGAGAUGGAUUGUCUCUGGGUACACUCUGAAAGGUGCUGUUUGCCAUUAGUGGUGUAUUUAGCUGGUUCAUUCAUGUAGCUGGUAACAUUUAUUUUGCACUGCUGCACUGCUUCCUGUCAAGGAAGAUACUGCUGCUCUCCAUGUUUUCAUCCUUGACCGUCAUUGUGCCACUCACCCGGCAGCUCCCGCACAGUCUACUCUCCAAACUAGCUUUGGUGUAAGGCAAACACUGAUGGCACUCGAUUACUGGUGACUUAUUACCCCCCCAUAUGGAUGUCUUCAGUACACAAACGUCCAAAAUGCAAUCCUGUCUUGAAACGCACAGCUGCAUUGUCCAAUGGCCCUCAACUUUUUAGAUAAAAUACACUGAUGUAUAUGUAUAUAUACUGUAUCAUUUAAAGAUUCCGUGUAAUGUUUGGAGAAAAUUAUUGAAUUAAAAAAAAAAACAAGUCCUGUGA